AGUAUAUAUUAAGUUGUUUUAAUGGAGAAAUAUUUGUGUUUUGUAAGAAUUACUUUGUUCUGGCGGAGUAGUCCAGGUGUGUUGUGCGGCGCAUGUGUAAAUAGAGAGGGUUGUUUGAAAAGUGUGAAGGGAACAUGGCGUAACUAUGCGGAUAACGCGACAGAUGCUGCGUUCGCGGGCGGGAAUCUCGCCGAAGCUCGCGGAAUGGCUGGACUUGUCGGAUCUCGGCAUAGUCCUGCUGGAGAAGUUGAACAUGUGCCCUCGGCUCCAGGCGCUCCAUCUCCGUGGUAACCACAUCGAGACUGUCCAGGGACUGGAGGCCUGCUCCAAUAUCUGGUACCUGGACCUCAGCAACAAUGGGGUGAGAUUUCUGGACGGUUUGUCGCGGUUCGUUGCCAUAGGAACGCUGGUCCUGUCCAAUAACGACCUGACGUGGGAGGAGGUUGGGAAGAUUCGCCAGCUGCACAUCCUGGAACUCUAUCUCCAUGGCAACCCCCAGCUGGAGAAAGACACAUACUACCGUAUCCAUGUGAUAGACUGCCUGCCCCAUGUGUGGAUGUUGGACGGGAGACUGGUCACAUCUGCUGAGAGACUGCAGGUGACCCAGUUUUUCCAGGACUCUGCUCUGACGGACCAUCCCGUGAGACACAAGCUGUCCACAGGGUUCACCCCUACUGUAUUUAAAUCACUGGAGUUGUACGGGAUAUUUGGAGAAAAGACAACACAUUUACGGUCCAGAUUCCCACUCACAGACACUAUGAACAUAGAUCUUGACCGGCGCAGACUGAAGUACCUGGCCUUCAAUGUACAGGAGGACCUGCUGCUAGAGAGGGAAUACUCCAGGAGAACGUUAGAUGUACCAAUUUGUUCGACAUUCCUGGAGGAUUUGAUUGACAUGCGUCAACAUGACAGGGAGAGAUGCAACAUGCUGCUCUUGUUGUUCGUGGCUUCAUUAGAGUUCUCCAUCCCAGCCUAUCUGAUGAAGGAGACACUAGAGGUGGCCAAACUGGACUACUUAGGAGUCCUUGAGACGAUGAGCAUGUUCCUCCUGCCACGAGACGUCCGAUGUCGGGUUGUCUCCAUCCUUCUUAGUGCAGUCAAGAUGGACAGGGACACUAAGGAGGAGGGAGGUCUGUACGAUAAGCUGUACCUGUGCCUGUACUACACGGUUUCGGAGCUGAUCCGGAGAGGACAGCUGGACGACGUGAGAAAACGCGGCUCAGCGCUGACUAACGACAGCAGACAGAGCAGGAAGAAAAGCACAUUACAUAAGGAGUAUCGGUGCCUGCUGGCCUCAGAAGUGGUCCAGCUGUUCUGUAUCGUCCCGGCCUUCUACGAGUUCAUAGACAAGGAUCCAGGUGUGAGAACAAUGCUGUGCAUCGCCACUGCGGAUGACGACAUCUGCGCCCGGAUCGGGGAAAUCAUUGACAAGAUCCGCUUGGACCAGGUGGGUUGGCGUGAGUCGCUGCAGCUACAGGGAGAUGUUCGUAGAAUGUUCGACGAGACGUCAGAGUAUAUCCUCCAUAGAAUACAGACCAACAGUCGCAACAUAGAUGUUAUAAAUGCAAAAAUUCCACCUAAAAGCCAGGAACACUACAUUUUAAAUACCCAGAGAGCUCUACCCAAAAGACCACAAUCUUCACCCAUCUAUGCAAGUACACAACUUUUCAAGGGGAAGAGAACAGAGACCCCCACUAGACAGAAGCCUCGUGUGAUGUCCAGCCGGUCUCCCCGCUCGCUGUCUGGUGCUAAACCGGUCAUCCACAUCGGCGAUCAGGUGCUGCUGGGGCCGCAGAACACAGCCCGUGUGAUCGCCCUCCCAGAACAGGACAUCGCCCUAGUACAGAUGGACGCCAUCCCUGCUGCGAACGGGUCGAUCGUGAUCCAGCUGGACGACCUUGAGCAGCACUACUGCUACAUCGACACACACGACCUUGUCUGGGAUCACAUGACAAGCGUCUGGAAACCUGUGGGCACCAAGGGACCCCCACCAUGCCUCGAGCGAUGUCUUUGAUCUUGAGGGACAAACUUGACCUGAAACUGGAGGUCAGCGAGGAAGUCUUAAAGACAACAGUGUUCAUGAGGUCCUUGUCUCAAGAUGAUAUGUCUAAGAGUGAAGGAAGUGACCCAGCCCCGGUGCCGUCCGUUGAGAGCACAGAAAACGUGGAAGCCGUCCUGUAUGACUGCAUCAAGAACGCUGUGGAAACCCUGCCCAGAGUCUCACGGGGGGGAACUCCAGAUGGGGCACAGCAGGAGUCACCCGAGCAGAGAAUCGUUACCACGGUGAUCCCUGAGGAGCCUGAAGAGGGGGAGGAGGGACAUCAGGGGGGUGAGGAGGACAGGGGGGGUCCUGAGGCAGCAAAGGAGGUGCAAAUAUCUGAGGGUGGGUUUGAACCAGCAGAAGGGGGUGUAGCACAAGCAGAGGGGGUGGAGGUCGUAGCUGAAGGAGAUGAGAAGACAGCUGAGAAUGAGGAGACGACAGGUGAGGCAGCUGAAGAUGGGGAUAAGGAGGAGGAUGCAGGGGAUGGACAGGAGCAGGAGCUAAUCACAGCUGAGGAGAAUCAUGUGGAACAAGAGGAGGCAAAACAGGAAGGGGAAGCUGUGGACUCAGGAGAAGUUGGGGGUGAAGACCCGCCUGCCCAGGAAGCAGCCAGUGAAAAGGAAACGUCGACAGACACCAGUACUGUGAUCCAGAGCCCCCCUCCCCCUCCCACCAGGGAGAACACCAGCGACAGCCUGGAGGAGAAACCUACUGUUCCCCUCUCCAUCAACAUCACCUCCAGGAGUGAGCUGGAGAAGAAGUCAUUGGACCUGCACAUCGACCUGGAGGCCUUAGGUCAGGGGUCAAAACUGACAGGACUGGAGAGGCCCAAAACUGCACACGCCUUCAGACUCAAGAGUGCCAAAAGCAGCGCCGUCAGAGUAGCGCGACCGAUGACAGCCUUCCCCGGCCCCAUGUCCCGCUCGCUAGACGAUGACCGGCCGUGGAGCGCGUCCUCGUACCAGCGCCAGCGGACGGAGGCCUGGAAGAGCAUGACAGAUGUGGGGACGUCCACACGGCCUGAGCCUAUACUAGAAGCCCCACCCCCUCAGCGCCCCUCCUCCCCCAUCACAGGUACCACCAAGCCCCCCCGGCAGGGUGGGAACCCCCCCUACUACAAGACUGCGGAGAACUGGCUGGCGGGGGGGCGCGACCUCUACCAGGAGAAGCGCAGACCGAAGUCGUCCCACGUGCCCGGAUAUCUGGAGGGUCUGUCCCCACGCCCGGCCUCCGCGGCAGCUGCUCUCACAUUUAGACGUGGAAAGUCGCCUCCUCCAAAGUCUGCUCCUCCCUCCAGGGACUCUCAGAAUGGCCGUUUGAGUCGCGGGUCGGACAUGUCAGACAUCCCCACCCUGCCGGACUAUCCGACCCAGGCCCGCCUGCACCACAGCAACAACGUGCGCCAGCUGGGGACGCCGCCCUUCAUCCGCAGGGGCUCCUCACCUGCAGACAUGACCUACAGAUGACCUUCAGAUGCCCUACAGUUGACCUUCAGAUGACCUUCAAAUGAUGUCCUACAAUUGACCUUCAGGUGACCUACAGUUGACCUUCAGAUGUCUUAUAGUUGACCUGCAGAAGAACUUCAAAUGACCUACAGAUGACCUUCAAAUAAUACCGGUAGCUGAACAUUAUCUCUAAGCAGAUGUUGAGUUGGAAAAUUGUAACAUUUUCUGACUUUGUUGGAAAGGCCAGCCGGUCAGACAACGUAAUUUUCCACCUGUCAUCUGCUUGGAAAUUUAGUGUUCAUGCUGUAAAUAAACUGGUGGUCACUUUGAUAAGGUUGCAUGUAAAGUUAGUUCACCUUUAUCUCCAGGGUGACAUAUACACAUGUAAGUUCUAAAAGUAGUUUUAGAGCUUAAGAUACUGUUGAAUCAAACUUGUUGGAAAAAUGACACUGUCAUCGAUUUUGCACAAAUGAGAUCGGUGAUAUUAAAGAUUAUUUUUCAAAAAUUAGCUGGCAGCUAGACCUUUUGAUUAUAAAAAUGUAUAACAUUACAAAUUUGUACAAUGCAGCACAAUUAUCUAAAUGUAUAUUUGACCAUGUUGAGAUUAAAGUUGUAAGUAUUGAAGGCCCAAACUUGUGAAAGAAGAAGUGUACAUAUUUCCUAAUGUUAUUAUUUGUGUGCAAAGUUUGUGUUGAGGCAUCCAAGAUGCCCUGAGUGUUUUGUGUAGUGACUUGUUGUGAGACAUCUAUGUACAGUGUAGUGUAUGUACCAUCCUUUUUUGGAGAAGAUAUUGUGAGAGUUAUUUCCUAUUUUCCGUAUUUAAAUGCUAACUAUAUCCGUACGAGUGGUGUUUGUCCAAUUUCCAAGCAGAUGUUUGAGAAGAUUGUACCAUUUUCUGAAGGCCAUGCUUCUCUGACGGCCAAUAACAGAGUGAGACUUAAGUCGCCAAGAAGAGAAGCCUGUGCUUCAAAAAUGUUAGUUUUCCUUGCAAGCAUCUAGUUGUAGGUUAGUGUUUGUACAACUGAUGGUGUAUCCAGAUUUCGGCGGCCUUCAGGAUUCGGCCGAAAACGUACGUGAAUUGGAUAUCCAGGAUGCAUCCUCCUGUUCAGGCUGUGUUUUGGAUAUCCAGGAUGCGACCUAAGCCGUGUUCUAAACACGGCCAGGUGUCUGGAUGCAACAACUGAGAUUUAUAAUGUUUUUAGUGAUGUGUGUAACUGUGUUGUGCCAAAGAGAUUAACACAUGCCCAAGGCUGCUUUAGAAGUAUAGAAGACCACUGUGAAAGAGUUCUAGCACUGUGGGAGAAAUAGUUUUAUCUUUAAUAUAGCAAAAUAUAUGAUCAUUAUGACUAUGCAAAUAACAUGUUUUUUGCAGGUUACGUGGGAGAUUCUUAUAAGAAGUGAAAGACAGUUAAUGAAAUUAAUAAAGUGCUGUAUUUUUCUGGUA